GGGGCGGCGGCGAUUGGUUCCGCCUCGCCUGCCCCUGCGGGCAGAGUGGCCUCCCUCGGCGCCCUCCGCUCCCCCAGCCCGGCGGCGCUCGCCUUCAACACCGCCCUUCUGGAGGCGGCGGGGACUGGUAAAAAGGCAGGGCUGGGCCCGUGGCUGGGGAGUUGCGGUCCCGGCGGAGGCUCCCACCGUCUGGCACGGCGAGAGCAUGAUCGGCCGGAAUGAAUCUUGCAGCUCUGAACAGAUCCCAAUGUCUUACAUCGCGUGCCUGCUGUACAUAUUGGAAGGAUUGACUGGCGUGCAGCACUUGGAAGAUUAUCUGAAUUAUGUAGCAUACCUUUUGUGGCUGUUUGCGCCUCUCGUUGUGUCUUUUAUCCUUCCUGGACUUAUCCUCUUGCUCCUGUAUGCUAGUGUUAUCAUCCUUCAUAUUUAUAAGAGACGAACUGACCUAAAAGAGGCAUAUUCCAAUGAUUUCUGGGAUGGCGCCAGGCAAAUGUUGGCAACUCUAUGGUAUGGGCAUGCCAAGAUAUGGAAUGAAUUAUUUAGGUGGAUGUACGAAAAUUUCCGCUUGCCCAUCGUCCCGCUGUAUGGGAACUUUCCCGUCAAACUGCGCACCUUUCUCGGGGAACCUAUUCCAUAUCAGCCCAGAGUGUCUUCCGAGGAACUGGCCGAACAGGCAAAGAGCGGAGUCCAGUUUUUAAUAAACAAACAUCAGAAACUGCCGGGGAACGUCUUCAGAGCUCUAAUGGAACGAUUCACGAUACAGAAAAAAGAAGAUUAGCACAAUCUGGGAAUGAUACAUAGCUGUAAAGUAUUUUAAAAUUACGUUUUCGUCUCGAAUCUCAAACGUGACAUUUGAGAAGGUUCUUACUGUAUUCUGCUUGUUUUCUGCAGUUGUACAGUUUUAUAGAGAAGAUGAAUCACCCCUCCCCCCACACAGACCACCACUGUUAAAUCCAGAACUCAACUUUUACAGAUUAAUUCUUCUUAAAAGUGCAAUAUUUUCUGUGUAGUGAGUUAUAUUGUGACAUCUUAAGCUUCACGAGAAUGGGUGGAACGUUGGCUCUUUCAACCCUCACUUUACUCUCUUGUACAACAAAUGAUAUUUUUUGGAAUUAAAUGUAAUGGCCAUGCUGGCGGGUCUGAUGGGAAUUGUAGUCCAUAACAUCUGGAGUGCCAAAGGUUCGCCACCACGGGCAUAGUGGAUAAAGGGCUGCAGUGGGAUUGAAGGGAUGGAGGUUGAAAUCUGCAUUUGCCAUGAAACAGGCUGAGCUUGGUCAGGCAUGUUCUCUUAUCCUAACCCACCUCGCUGGGUUGUUGUGAGGACAAAAUGUAGAUGGGGAGAACAAAGUAUAGAAAUGCACUACAUAAAUACGUAAUUAUUUUAUUUAAAUGAGUGUUUCCUGAUUUCUAGUAUUAGGUGCUGUAAUACAGAGGCUCCAUCUUGCUCAGGUUCGGGUUUUUGUUAUGUGGGAAAUUAAAGGGAGUGCUGUUAAUCUAAGCAUACUUCAAAAAUAUCCUUCAAAAAGACUUCUUUUUCUGUGUUUGAGGAAAUGAUUUGAAGCAACGGGCUGUUGUAAGCUUUCUGGGCUGCAUGGCUGUAGUCUGAUAGUAUUUUCUCCUAAUGUUUCUCCCACAUAACAUUUCGCCCACAUAAUAUUCUUUCGAGUAGGCUAGUGAAAUGUGGACUAGACAAUGCUACUAUUAGAUGGAUUUGUAACUGGUUGAUUGACCGAACUCAAAUGGCUCAUCUUCAUCCUGGAGAGAAGUGACAAGAGGGGUGCCACAGGGUUCUG